AUGAGCUCCGGCGUCAAGCGACAGCGACAACCAGCCGCAUCCUCCAAUGCCGAGUCCUCAAAGAAGCGACGUACGCAGACGCGCGCAGCACCCAAGAGCCGCGGCCCCUACCGUUUCACCUUCGGUAAAUUUAAAGGCAAGACAAUACAAGAAGCAUACGAUGAAGACUAUGAUUAUAUCGAAGACUUCAUCGUCUUCAAGGGAAUGACGGGUCGGAACGAUAUACUUAAGAACAAUCCUGCCCUGAGAGCUGGUCUGCGCGACCUACCGAAAUCCUGGUUGGAACGAAACUCAAGCUUAGAACGACUUCUGGACAACGACCAGCCAGGUGGUCCCAGUAUAUACGAAUACGAGGCCAUGGUUCCGAAUCAAGGCAUGAUGAAAAUGAACGAAAGGAGCAGUAGCUGCAGGUUCUGGGAAGCGACCGAUGACUUCGCAGAGGCGCUGGACGAUUCUCAUUUCACCAAGAGACUAAGUCCGAUACACAUAGCGUUCACUGCCACGGUCAUACGCGUCGAGCGGAGUUUUACAGACUUCGGAAUGGGUGGCUCGGACUUCGAUCCUUUUAAGAUACUGCCAUGUGGUUGGCCGUGGGAAUCUCCUCUGAGCACUGAAGUUAACGUUGCAAUUACCGGUCAGGACACGGUGUGGGCAGAGAAUCUGAAGCCUCUAGUAUACGGGCACUAUCGCUUCAGUGGAAGUCUCGGUACCGGGUCUUCCCCUCCCACGGGCUGGCCUAAGAGUCUCGACGUUCUCAAGGAUCCGGAGACUGUCGAACCGAGCAGCGGGUGCUGCUUUCGAAUUGCUGGCAAAGUCAAGGAGGUGGAUGGUAGGAGUGUCAAAGUGAGCGUCAAGAGGGAGAAGAGUCGUUAUGCGAAUGGCUGGGAGAAGGACGUCAGUGUGGAUCUUUCGGAAGGUGUUCAGGAGCCUGAAGUUGACGCGUCACAUGUGUUCAAGGGUCAUCUCGAGCCGUUCACCAAGGUGUUUAAGGAUAUCAAGUUCAUCGCAGAGACUUGUAAUAAGACCGGAGAAACCCAGUCUUGA